CAAAAACACAGACAACUGUGUUCUCUCAUGUUUAAACCUGACACAGCAAGACAGCAGCCAUUCCUGAACUAAACUGACUGAGGUAGAGAUGGAGUAUUCCACCAAAACUCUUGCUGCUGGAUGCUUUGGGAAGAUCUACAGGGAGAAGUACAAUGACACCUGGGCUGCAAUCAAGAAGGUGCCACAACACUUAAUCAAUAGGAGAGACCUGGAGAGAGAGUGUCAAGUAUACAAUAAGGCAAUUCAUCCUAACAUAGUGAAGCUUCUGGGUAAUCCAACACUCAAGGAUUCUAAGUGGAUCAUCCCCAUGGAGUUCAUCUUUGGAGAAGAACUGGAGACAACCAUCUUCAAAUCACAACAAUCUCAAAUACAGUUAACUCCAUCUGUAAAGGCCACCAUCAUCACAGGCAUGUGUGAAGGACUACUUCACCUACACAGCAAAGAUAUCGUCCAUCAGGACCUCAAGCCUGAGAACAUCAUGGUAGAGCAUGACACUCACCGAGCUGUGAUCAUUGAUAUGGGGCUGGCCAAAUUCUUCCGCAAUGGCCUAAAUUCUGCUGUGGAUAUGGGCAACGAGGCCUACUCUCCCCCUGAGGUCCUGCAGAGGCGGGGCCAACGAGACCUGCGUUCAGACGUGUGGGCUAUGGGUAAAAUCAUUGCUGAACUCUGUGCCAGAGUCAGGCUGCACACCCCUAGUGUCUGUCCGGCUAUGAUCUAUGAGAUCCUCAGUCUCCAAGGACAGCAGUACUGUAAUGCUGUCUGUAGGAUGGUGCAGAGCGACCCCACAGUGCGAGCCACCAUGGCCGGGAUCAUGCCAGAGAUGCGAAGGGCAGGGGGAGGUGGCAACACUGGGGAGCAACAAAGAGGACAUCUUCCGACACCCUUUCCUCACACUGAGGUAAAAGACACAUCGCCACGUCCUCAUGCUCCCCCGCUAUCAAGAGCUGAGUGCACAGCCUUGCCAAAGAUUGAGGUCAAGACGACACUGCAACCACAACCCAUACAGCGGUCACCUUCCCCGGCAAGAUGGGAGCAUGCAGCCUUGCCAAAGACUGAGGUCAAGAUGACACUGCAACCACAACCCGUACAGUGGUCACCUUCCCCGGCAAGAUGGGAGCACGCAGCCUUGCCAAUGACUGAGGGCAAGACGACACUGCAACCACAACCUGUACAGCGGUCACCUUCCCCGGCAAGAUGGGAGCAUGCAGCCUUGCCAAUGACUGAGGUCAAGAUGACACUGCAACCACAACCCGUACAGCGGUCACCUUCCCCGGCAAGAUGGGAGCAUGCAGCCUCUCCAAAGCCUGAAGUCAAGAACUCACCAUCUCCCCUUCCAAAGGUAGACCAGGGUAAUGCACUGGUGGUUCCAUCAGGCAUGGUUCAACCCAGUCAAGAUGUCAUGAAACAACUUCUCUUCAAAGAGGCCCCAAAGGGUCUCCCAUGCCCACUCCCCACAACGGGAAAGGUGCGAAUCCGCCGCUAUGAGCAAAGGAAUGGGGAAGUGGAGACUUGGGAGCAAAAUGAGGUAGAGACUGAAGGAGGGAGGAUAGUCAAGUUUGAGAAUGUGAUGUUUAACAACAAGUCAUAAGUAGGUUAUUGAGAGGUUGUGAAAUAGUUGGGAGUUGAUUUGUCUCUGGUCACUCUCCUUCCAUCCUUCAUUGUAAAAUUCUGACAUGUUUAUGGAGAGGGGGGAGAGUAUAUUUGGGAGGUGGGAUAAACUAAUGGAAGAAUUCUAAUGUCCAGUGAAACUAUACCGGACGUACUGUGCCUAAAAACAAAGCGACACAAUAUCCUACGUGAGACCAAAAUAUAUAUAUAUAUAUUAACAACAAAAGUUGUCUUGCACUGGUAAGAAGGAAACCUUGGAGUGUGUUAAGGUUGAGUAAGUAUUUAGGGAUGAUCUUGAAAGUACUAUCACUUCUUCUAAUGCUACAUCAUGCUACAAUGUUGCUCAUCUGGUUAGGUGACAGUGUACAGAGGCACCUGGAAUCAAGUAACUAUCUUUGAAUGGUUUUGAAACCUUUUUGUUUUGGGAAACUUAUCCCUGUUUGCUAAUCAGUUGUCUCUUUAGCUCUAUAUCAUACAUUUGACUGUGUACAUACAGUACCAGUCAAAAGUUUUGGGCACACCUACUCAUUCCAGGGUUUUCCUUCAUUUGUACUAUUUUCGACAUCGUAGAAUAAUAGUGAAGAC